CAGGGAGUGCGCGUGCGCAGCGGGGAAGGGGCGGCCCCUUUUAGAGAACAAACGCCCUCGUCAAAAGUCGGCGGAUAGAAAUCGGCUAAAAGGGUCGGGCGCAGUUAACGAUCUCGCGCGCUAUUUUCCAAUAGAUUUGCACAGAAAGAGGGAGAACAUAAGUUUCACAAACAAGAGGUGUCCCAGCUGAGAUUGACAGGGGAGGGGGCGGAUUUUAUGAAGUAAACCGGUAUCCGUUUGCCGCCCCGGGGGCUUUUUUAAUAAAAAAAAUUAUUUAGUGUGUUGUGAGGGGAGGCCUGAGGCCUAGGCGGUGAGUAGGCCGCUGCCGGCGCCGUUGGGCAGGCAGAGCAGAGCGGAGCCCGGCCUGGGCACAGCAGACCACUCGGAGGACAUGGCGGCUAAUUUCGACGUCCAGAAGCAGGAAAGCUGGUAUUUCGGGCCGAUGAGGCGGGACCAAGCCGUCUCUCUGCUGCAGGGCCAGAAGCACGGCACUUUCCUGGUGAGGGACAGUCGCACCAUCCCGGGGGACUACGUGCUGAGUGUCAGCGAGAACUCCAAAGUGUCGCACUAUAUCAUCAACAGCCGGCAGCAGCAAGGCCCAGGCCCCGGGCCCGGCCGUUACCGCAUUGGCGACCAGGAGUUCGAGCACUUGCACGGCCUGCUGGAGUUCUACAAGAUCCACUACCUGGACACUACCACCCUGCUGGAGCCUGUCCACAGGCCCAACGCCGCGUACAUGCCUACCAACAGCGUCCCGCCCGAGGAGGCCCACUUCGUCCGAGCACUCUUCGACUUCCCCGGCAACGACGAGGAAGACCUGCCGUUCCGCAAGGGCGACGUGCUCCGCAUCCUGGACAAGCCCGAGGAUCAGUGGUGGAACGCGCAGAACAGCGAAGGCCGCUGCGGCAUGAUCCCCGUGCCUUACGUGGAGAAGUGCCGGCCCAGCUCGCUGCUCGGCCCGGCCAACAGCCCCGAGGGCGGCCAGGCGGCGGUGGGGCCGGCCCAGCACCAGCCGCCGUCGGGGGUUGGCGGAGUCGGGCAGCCCGAGUUCGGGCCCUAUGCCCAGCCCAGUGUCAGCGCCUCGCUGCCCAACCUCCAGAACGGGCCGGUGUAUGCCCGGGCCUUCCAGAAGCGAGUCCCCAAUGCCUAUGAUAAGACAGCCCUGGCCCUGGAGGUUGGUGACCUAGUGAAGGUGACCAAGAUCAAUGUGAAUGGCCAAUGGGAAGGAGAAUGCAAUGGUAAACAUGGUCACUUCCCUUUCACCCACGUUCGACUCCUGGAUCAACAGAACCCUGAGGAGGACCUAAGCUGAGUGCGCUUGUUUUUAAAAACAAUGAUUUGAAUUACAAAUGGGAACAAGUUUUCUCUAGUUCAUUUUCUCCCCUGAAGACUUUGGCCCUUUGACGUUUACAGUAACCCAGUAAGAUCACAGCUGGCUCCGAGUCUGCAGCCUCCGGAUCCCAGUGAAGAACUGUGCUGGUAGAUAUUUUAAUGUCACUUCUCAUCUGACUUAAUGAUUUUGUUCAUCAGUGCUUGCGUUUAUGGCACACAAUGUGAUGUACAGCUUUCUCCAUAUCUAGCCUGCUCCAGAGCAGCCAGUUAGAGAGCUGGUCUAACUCUAGUUGACACUAAUUAAUGUCCACACAAGUAUUGGUUGGAUACUGUGGUCAGAUGUGUGUGAGAAUAUGUUUAAAAACAGCUCUCCUCAGUGGCCAAGUAAAUAGCAACACCCUUUUUUUUGGCAGCACCAACCCAUUCAGAUCAGAGGCCUGGUUCCAUCUUUGUUCUGCAUUGAGUUAGCAGGAAUUCUAUUAUAGUCCUGAACCAGAGGAUUAGGUGUAAGAGAUAUGUAGCAUAUGUGGACUUGAACAAGGACAGGAUUUACAUCUGCUGUGAUGCCAUCUGUGGUUGAACAGCCUGCUCAUGCUAUACAUGGCAAAAGCCCAUUUUGGAUGAAUAUUGAAGGUUGGGGAUAGUUGCAUUUAAAGCAGUUCCCUAACCUGCACCAAUCAACAGCAGAAGAGGGGUUCAAGUUUAUUCAUUCUGUUUGUUACAUGUCCUCACACAUUAUCUUUACUGUUUGUUGUUGUAAAUACUAAACACUACUGAUUGGGAAUAUAUCUUACUAAUUUUGGAUGAUUUCAGGUACUUUAAUAAGCCAAUGAAUAUGUUCUACAGUUUCAACACAUGAUAAAUGUUUUUAUGGUAACAUGUUGAGAGAGACACUACACUUGUAUGGGCAACUGACCUGCCUAGUCUACAAAUGGACCAUCAGCUGUACGAUGCAUGGAAACAGCUCUUGCCUUAUUUGUUUUGGAGAACUCAAAUCACAGAAGUGGUGCUUUUACAGUUUCAUCAUGAGGCCAAGUCCAAUGUCAAAUGAAAUUCUACUUUCUCCAGUUGCAGCCUUCUCCCAGGCCUUGCAAUUUGACAAAAAUAAAAUUCUGAAGAGGCCAGGUCUUUAUAAGAAAUGUAAUCAUGUAUUUUAAGUGCUGUCAUGCCUGGGAGAAUGGCAAAAUGAAACACUAAGUACAUUAACACUAAAUGAGGAGAGGGUCAACAAAUUUCAGCCGUGGGUUUUCUCCAAAUGAUGUAGAAACUGUCCACCAAGGUGACCAAGAGCAGUGAAUGUCAAGUUGAUGUUUGAGUUCCCAGGUGGAUCUGUGCCUAAUGUUGAAUAUUUAGGUACGCUUGAACAUUGACAUUGUGGGACAGUUAUUGAACAAUGAUAGUGCUCUGCAGAUCUAUAACUUAGACUGUUUAGGGACUAAAUGCCUUGUCUUCCUAUCUUUGUGAAUAAAAUUACUGUACUCUUCAAACAAGUACAAUUUCUACAUAUGAAAAAUCAACUUGAUAGUGCAGAAAGAUAUAAAGAAAAGCUAAAUAUUGAGAAACAUUCUUCUGAACUGACUGGGUGUUUAUUGUUUUACUGAUGUUAAGUUAACUUACAUCAUAGUCAAAUAUCACUUUGCAGUUGUGCCCUAAUUUGCAAAAUAUGUUUCCCUAAGUCCAGUUCUUGUCUGCCUUUUAAUUUUUGUUCUGAUUUCAGAUUGUAACUUUUUGUUUUGUGACUUGGAACUGUAGCAACAUCAGGACAUGGAUGUUUCUGAAAGUACCAUGGAGAAAUAGCAUGUGGGUGGGAUCAGGGUUGGCUGCCUUCUGAGUUUGGUCCCCUGGGAAAGGCUUCAAGUGUUAAUUGAGAGGGUGGGAUCCUUUCAAUGGCAUCUAGCUAGCAACCAUUGUAAAGUGUAACUUCAGUUAUUGCCAUUUGAAUCCUAUCCUGCUCGUAUCCUUGAAGCACUGGAUCUCUGUGCUAUCCCUCAGGAAGAUGUUUUGAAUAUGUUUGCAGCUGUAGUUUAUCUGUGUCUUUGUCAUCUGUGUCAGGAGUUAAAUUUAAUUCAAACCAUCUGUGCAGAUUGCUAAUGAGAGAAGUUGAACAGAAAUUUAACAUGUACUUAUCUCAUGUCUACUAUUAAUUGCCUCCUGUCCUUUCACUUGUGCUUAGUAGAAUUGAGAAAUUUCAGUUUCCUCAUUUCUAGAAGCCAUACAGAUGUGCGACAAAGCUUAAAACAUCAGUCAGAAAAAUUAGAGCUAUGAAGAGGUGGCACUGAUUUUUAUUCUCAGUAAUGAAUCAUCUUACCUAAAAAAAAAUGUAUUUGAUUUGGAUUUUGAUUUUAAAACCGUUUUAUCAUGAAAGACUGGCAAAUUUGGCUUGAGGGGAGUCGCUGGAUGACAUCUUGGUAUUCUUCAAGUUCUCUAACCUCUAUACACUCUGGUAUUCAGCUUUCCUUUAUAUUCCAAUGUGUUAACAUGACUUUUUCUGAAGUCCUUGAGGCAAUGCUAAAAUUGAAGUUAGUUGGUGUUUAACAAGUGCAGUUACUUACCAAUGUUCCUAAAUUAAGUUGUUAUGCUCUUAUAAAAAUCAAUGGACAGUGGAACAAUAGGAGUGGCCAGCACCUUUGGAGAAAAGUUGGCCAUCAGGGAACAACUGUAACCGAUCAACCAAGAUCACAUUUGCUGGAUCAAACCUUACAGCAAUGGAAGUAGACCCAAACACUAAUCGCACUCUUUUUAAUUGCUUGUCUCAUGUCUAAGUAACUCUUUGCUCAACCAUGUUGGUUAAUGUGGACUUUGCUUCCUGAUGGUCACACUGCUCAUCCCAGCUGUAAUAAUGCACAGCCUGGCGCUCUAAUGUAUCUGUGCCAAAUCAGUGUUUUAAUCAUUUAUUAAUUCAUCAUGGGCCUUUUGCACAGUCUCGGCCAUGUCAUGAUUAAACCUUUACCCUAAAUUAACACAUUUGUUAUGUAAUGUUUGUGUGAAUAGUAUAGUAUUUGAUUAGUUGAUUAAGGACAUUGAAGCUUCCUCUGUAAUGGGAGAGGUGGUGUUGAUCACUCGAGCCAGGUCUCUGAGCUUGCUCGAUAGUUUUCAUUUUUCUGUGCCACUCCAUUGUGUGCUACGAUGUUGCUUCAGUUGCCGUUCAGCAAUUUUUGUGCCAAUUAAAGUUCCUCUGCCCAAUCAUCACUGCAAUCUGGUUAACCCAUCCUUCUGUGCUACUUUUAAAUCACUAUGUACUGAACUGUGCAUCCAUACACUAAUUCAGCACAGACCAGGGAUGGAACCUGCUCAACUCACUACAUAAAGUUGCUGAACCUUUACAGCCUCAAUUAUUAACUUGUAAAAGAAAAUAGAUAUUUUUAGUCCCUUCCUGGUGUGUUUAACAUACUGUGGGGCAAAAAGGUAGCAAACGCACCUGGAUUUCAGCUUUAUAGAAUAUCUUGCUACUGUGAAGUCGCUAACACUCUCUCCCUGCUUUUUCCGGUUUACCGUUUAAGCUCAGUACAUUUUCCUGCUACUUGUAAUGGGUCAUUUUGGGCCGAUGGGGAAGAUUCGGAAUGAUCCUGAGAUUAAUGAAGGUGAGAAGUUGAUGUGCUGAGCUGCUCUUCACAUUAGUCGCCAUUACCCUAAUAGUGCCUUUUGAAAUGUCUUGUAAUUACUCAAUACAAUUAACCCAAUCCGUUGUAACUAUUGAAGUUCUGGCUCUUGUAUUAAACCAGCCACUGGCCUAAUAACCCUCUGAGCUGAUUUUUGUUUUUGGAAAAAAAAUCUAUAUUCAGGAUGAUGUGAACAAUUUUUCAUGGGUCACCUCCAAGUCUUUAAGUUCAGGACUAAAGGCGAGCAGUAGUGUUUUGUACUUGGGGGCAGCUAUCAAAGAAUAGUACAAUAGCUAGUCAUUAUACAAGGCAUCCGGUUGUGUAGCAAUAAAGAUCCUCAACAACUUUUCAUUUCUUCCACUGGUGGCUUUUCUACCAUGACAUCUGUUACAUCAGACUUUCUAAUGGUCAAGAUUACUUUUUCAGGAUUUUCUGCUUGCUUCUACUUGGCCUUCAUGUUAAAUAGACCUGAAACUCUGUCCUCGGGUCCAAUGGGCUGCUGCAGGAUUCUCAUAUCAUCAUGUUGAAAUCUUUCAACUGAUGAAUAUAAUAUCGUGCAAAUUGGCCACAGACAUGUAGCAUGUGGAAAGUGAAUUGGACAACUCUAGACUGCUACCUGCCUCCGUUUUGUUGCUAUUUGCAUUGUGGGAUAGGGAACUGUCAUUUUAUCUUUCUGGACUACAUAGUACCUACUCAUCCAAUAACUUGUCUGUAUCCUAAUCUUUAAAUUAACUCUUGUAGUAUUUAAGAAAAUCUUCAUUUUUCUGUCAAUCUAGCAUUUAAAAAUUGUGAAUUAUGGGCUCUGAAAGUUUUGGAUUUGUCCUGUCUGGUAGCCUCAUCACUGCAAACUGGACUGUUUGGGAAAUGGCACAGCUGUACAUUGUUUAACUUUUUUUUCAGCCAGUAAAAGUGAUUUUUGCAGCAACAGAACUUGAUGCUUAAAGUUUUGAAAUAACCAGCUAAUGGCUACAAAAGUUUGUUUUCUAGCAGUGAGAUUUUUAAAUUCAAAUCUCUGGUGCUAACAGUCAACAGUGCUAUUGCAAGUGCAGCAUUAACUGCUUAUGUUCAUCAGACUACGUGCUAGUUAAUGGUAGUAAGCACUUUUUUUAACAAACACCAGUCAGUCCUGAAUACUUAAUAUCAAACACCUUCCCAGUUGUAAAAACUUGAGUUUGCAGUGCAGAUGGAUAUCUAAGAAUAGUGCUUUGUUAUAAUAUACCUAAAGUGAAUCACUGUCAGCAGUCAUUGCUCAGGCUAAUCUACUUGGGCCUUUGUAACAGUAUGAUAAUGUUGGAACACUUGUGCUGAAAGUUGGCAAUAUAACAGUGUAACUGAGUCAGUGGACCAGGAAUGACUGCAGGUUGUGUAUGCAAGUCCUCCCAUUUACUGUUGAAUGAUUAAAAUUCACUGGAUUUUGCCUUUUAACAAAAGGCUGGAUUUGCAAAGUUGAAAUGAUAUGACAUCUGUGGAGAAAAGAUGAGUCGAUGCUUUGGGUUAGGUGGUAAUCAGCUGAUUGGAAUAGGAGGAUGUCGCCUUCCUCUCAGCUGCUAUUAACCAUGGGAUGUUAUUGUGGAUCAGUGCCCUUGUAACGCUAUUUUCCUCCCCAGUAUUUACAGUAACAGUCCUGUGUCUUUAGGACAAAUAUAAUUUGAUCACACUUUAUAAGAACUGAACCUUCCCACAGGCUUACUUCGAUAAGCUGAUGCUCAGUUUGAAUAUAAUUGGCUCCUUUUAUGUUGAAGUAACAGUCUGUUCGACUCCAACUAUUCCAUUCUGGCAUUCAUUCAUUCUAUUGGCUUCAUACAGCCCAAUGAGACCAGUUUAUUUACUGGAAAAUGGCCUAUGGCUGCCAGCGGCAAUAUCUGCGACAAUAUGCUGCAGAUUAAGAAAAAAAACUACAUUUCUGCUCAUUGUAAGGUGAAUGCUGCAAAUACCGGAAAUCCAAAAUUACUUUUUAAAAGGAAAAGAUUCUGCAGAAGCUUUAACUCAAUAUGUGCAUAAGAGAAAUGAGUCAAAGUUUCAGAUCUGAAACUUGUUCGGAACAUUUCUGAUUAAGGGGUGCAGAUCUUUCUCAAGAGGCUGCUAGAAUUGUUGAGCUUUUUCCACCAUUUUCUCUCAUUAUUUGAAAGUUCCUGAUUGCGUAAACAGUGGAAGUUUGAGCAAGUGGAUGUUAAGUGAGAUCUAGAUGAUCCAAUGCAACAUCGCUCCCCAACCCCUGCCUCCAAAACACAAAGCAAGUACCAGUACCAAGGCUCCCAUGGGAUUGAGUGGUAACUAAGGACUGUAAAUGAAUUCACACCAAAGGAUCUGCAUUUUUGAGUGAGGGAGGUAGAGCAAAUUCUGCAGCAGCAAGGAGUAAUGGAAUUUCUCUGCAUUGCAGCAACAUGUGGUUUCAGGUCACUUGACAAAGACAUGCAGUGGGGAGCAUUUCAAAACUUUGUACAAAAAAAGUCUUGCUUCUGGUAGAUAAUUGCUGAAGCUGUGUAGCUUAUAAUAGUUUGUAAUAAGGUUUCAGGACUAGUGACUGGAACAGAAUUGAGUUCUUCACACUGAUUUUUAAAUCAUGGACAUAUGAGAGUAAAGCAGAGACUUAGCUGCUCUGUGAAUUGGAGAAUCCCUGGAUAGUCAGUACAACAGUCAGGCAGCGAGCAGCGAAAUCGACGUUUCGGGCAGAAUCCCUUCAUCAGGAACCUGAUGAAGGGCUUUUGCCCGAAAUGUCGAUUUCACUGCUCGUUAGAUGCUGCCUGAACUGCUGUGCUCUUCCAGCACCACUGAUCCAGAAUCUGGUUUCCAGCAUCUGCAGUCAUUGUUUUUACCUAGUACAACAGUCAGGUCAUCCUAUUGGAACACCUCCCAGUGAUGAACUGUCACCCCAUGUGAAAUUAUUUUGUUUUGGAGGGAGGAUGGGAGAGAGGACUUGAACUGUACUAUUUGGUCUCAUAUAGACCAUGUCAAUUUUUAUAAAUGGUGUAUGGAUUGAGAAGUAUUAAUGUUUUUAGUUGCACUGCAAUACAAGUCUAUCCUUGCAUUUUGAAGUUUGACCAAGUGGCUGUGAUCCAUCAGUUUGAGAACUUGAGGAUGCAUACAUCUUGGGCAAAGUAAACUAACUUUGCUGCUCCUGAAUAUGUUUAUCUUGGUGAGGCUGGAUGUCUACAGAAAUUGAAAUAAGUUUGAGAUUACAAACUUAACCCCAACCCUCAAACAUUUAAAUAGCUAGCCAGCACAUUUGGAAAAUGCAUGGAAAGUUGCCAGUAUGUGGCAGUACCCCAGCUUGCUAUCUGCAGUGCGAUGAGAGAGUGAAAGCUGAAGUGAUUGUAGGUAGUGACAGCUUUUUCUGAUGGGCUGACAUAAUGUGGAAUGUGAAAAAUGCAAUGUGAUGGGUCAAGAAACACUAAAACCAAACCAGAUAUGCUGGUAAUUUGACCACUUACUGUGGUUGCCUGACACUCUAAACCAGACCCUUUUAAGGUAUAUUUGAUCCCCUUUUCACAGAAGGAUAACUACAGACCUUGCCUGGUCUGGCUGCAUGUGACUGCAGACUCUCAGCAACGUGGUUGACUCAAUGCCCUCUGACAUAAGAAGCCACUCGGUUCAAGGGCAACUUGGCUGCGCAACAAAUGCUGUCAUUGCCUACAAUACCACAGCCCAAACAAUAAUAAAGGAAGUCCAGACGCCUUUUCUUUUUAAAGAAAAGGUAACCUCGGUUUUCUGUCCAGUUCUGUUCAGGGCUGACCCAUGCAUUGGGAUUCUGACUGGUGCUGGGCCGUCAAUCCAAGUGUGACUCUGAGUGGUUACAGGAUACAGGAAGAAAAGCAACACAUUUCAACUUGAGAUAUUUCUGCUUAAAGGCAGAGAUUGAAAGUGAGGGGCUCUAGAUACUUUCUGGGAAAAAGAUUUGGUUUCUGAUUGAUUUUAGACCUUUUUUUUCCCCCAAUAUAUUUUUUCAAAAAUGGGAAAGCUGAAUCCAUACCCACUGUUUUAACACUGCUCUCCCUCAGUAAGUGUCAACCAAUGUUUUAAAAUUCUUAUUUUUGUAUCUGUAUUUGUACCCUUGUUAAUCAAUUCGGGAUAAUUCUGGGUUGUUACUGUGGAGAUCUUAAUGCAUUGUGUUAAUAUGAAAAGGUGUCAUCUACAACACUAUAUCCUCCAUGACAAUUAAAAUCCAGCUUUAUUUUCUGUAGCAUGUUCUGUAUUGUAUGUUUAUUAUACCUAGCGAAUAAAAUCACUUGAGAAAUGA